GUCAGAAGUAGUCAUUACAUUUUCACAUCUGCCGGCCGCUUUGUUUUGGUGUUGCUAAGGCCAUUCUCCUGUUUAGCGUAUUCGUAUAGCGAAGCUAUUAAAUUCUGCUAUAAUCUGAGACAUAUUUUAGUGGACUUCGUGCGACUCGCUGACCACUAGCCCCUACUUAUCUGUUCUUCUGUCACUUACAAUGGGACUAUUUGAUGUAAAUGCUAAAAUUCAGGUGGACAAAGCUGAUCAUCUUGUAGUAGAGAGAGCUUUCAAUCGAAUCCGCGACCUCAGUAAAUGCUCCCAAGAAGAUCCAGGACUUAGUGCCGUUUCAGACUGGCUCGACAGAGUCCUCAUGUACAACAUACCGCAUGGGAAACGCUGGCGGUUACUUCAGGUUGUCCAAGCCUUCGAAACGUUUUCCUCGGAGCCAGUUUCAGAGAGGGACCUUGAAAAUGCUGCUAUUCUCGGGUGGACCAUCGAAAUAUUCCAGGCUUUCUAUCUCAUCAUCGACGACAUAAUGGACAAAAGUAUCACACGCCGAGGUUCACCAUGUUGGUACCUUGUCGACGAGGUCGGCAUGAUGGCGAUAAAUGAUGCGUUGCUGCUCGAAACGAUUAUCUUUCAAGUCCUAAAACAGGUCUUUCGGGACCAUCCUAGCUACCUUGAUAUUGUCGAACUGCUACACGAGGUUCACUAUCAGACAGUUCGAGGCCAAUGCUUGGACGUGCUAUCAGAAAGGAAGCGUGUGUAUGGUGAAGAACGCUAUAAUACGAUCGUCUUAUACAAGACGUGCUUCUAUACAUUUUCUGUUCCAAUUCGACUCGGAAUGUAUUUAGCCAAAAUCACCAGCUCACAGUUGCACCGGAAAGUUGAGAAGCUGGCCGUUAAAAUAGGAAACAUUUUCCAGGUUCAAGAUGAUUUCCUUGACUGUUACGGGGACCCAGCUAAACUCGGCAAGGUGGGAACGGACAUCGUCGACGCGAAGUGCUCGUGGUUGUUAGUAAAAGCACUGCAAAUAGCCACCCCUCAACAGCGUGAAGAGAUUUUCAAUAACAUUGGCCGGGGAAAGCCUGCUGGCGAGGAGGAAGCAACCGUUAGGUCAAUUUACCAUAAGCUUGGUUUGGAGGAAUUGUUCCGAACCUAUGAAGAGUCUUCAUUUGAAGAAAUCCGCAAGGAUAUUGCAACACUGGACUCUGAUGGAGAGAUAAAUACAGACAUUUUCAAGCUGACUGUUAAUAAACUUUACCGGAGACAAAAAUAGGCAGUUGCAGAAAGCAUCUUCGCUAAGGAAGAUAAGAAUGACAAGGUCAAUCUAUGUCUAAUUUCAUCCUAAAACACAUCAUAAAUAUCGACUGGUAUAAACGCCACUAAGUUUUGAAUGUUUCUAUUUAAUUAUCGUCAAAAUCUAAUGUUUUUCCACUACACGUUAUGACUUGAAUAGUUUUUAGCAACUCCUAAAGGAACAAUCCAUUGCCAGUCCGUAGGUGAAUGCCGUAAACAAUGGGGAACUUCGUCAAUACACUUUCUACAGGUUGCUGUGAAUAGAGUGCUGCAGUAAUACCUACAUGUAAUAGCUACAUGAAGAUGCCCGUCCAAGUGGAAACGUCUGCCACAUAUCUGGACGCCAAGUAGGCGAGGAAUAGUACUAUCUAGCCAAGAUAUUGCUACUUGCACGAUACAGAAGGAUGCUGUGAUCAAUGUAGUAGGACAGCGAUACGUGGGCAAACAUUUGUUUCGUUAAGAUUGACAGAUACUAUUCAAUUUUAUUUUUAACUUCUCAAAGCCGUCUCUAUAGCUGAGCCAGCUGGACGCUUUAGGACGCUGGCUGCAUGCGUCUGAGUUGUUAUAGUAAUGACUUACGUAGCGAAGUCUCAUACUGUAUAACAAAGCAUUGUUGGCUAGCGCUUCUACCAUAUCAAGCUAUGCGUUUUAUAAAAUGAUCUGCUGCCUCGUGACAAGUUAAAGAAUAAUAAUGGUGGGGAACAUAGGCAUGGAGGAACUAUUAAGCAGAUUUGGAGUGGAAACUUAAAGAAGCGGUUGCCGAACUAUGCGAUUAAGAAAUACUUCAGUCAACUGAUACACCUCAUAUUGCUUUGAGCUGAAGUGUUCCUGGUAAUAAGGAAUUGAUCCACAGCUUUGAGCGAGCCUUCGCACUUCAGAAUUUCAAUUCAAGAAAGCAAACAUAGUAUUCGAAGUAAAACAUUCAAAAAAAAAAGGUCUAGGAAAGGUCAAAAAAAGGAAUGGUGGGACUCGUUAUAAGUUCAUAAAUACUGAUAUCUGUAUUACGCCUGAACCGUCCUGCUACGAAUCGCAAGGAAGGUGCAGCAGACUCUCGUCGAGAUGACUAUUUUCUUUGUGUCUUACGUUACAUGAUUUCAUAACAUGAAACGUAAAGUGCUACAGCACACAACAAUUUGUUAACGCAAUUCUGGGCUAAUAUACGCUCAGCACAGAGACUAUGAUCGCCUAAAUCACUUAUAUUCCCGUUCGUCAACAUGUAUGUGUUGUCUAAAUCAAAAAUUCUAAUAAAACUUUCAUGUUGUUUGGCUCAUCUUUACAAAAGUUUCUGGGUCGCAAAAAGGUGUUCUAAUUGACUCAACCCCAUAGACGUGGCGUUUGUGAAUGGAACGCGGCAUCUCGAAGAGAUUGCGAGUGAGAAUGUAUCAGUCGAGGUCGUUGAGUCAUCUAUGUAUGUUAAACUCGCUGGUGUUAGGUGACUGAAGAACGAUCUUCACUUUGAAUAGCUCAUAUUGCCCUCUCAUCAACUUACACAAAAGUGCAGAUUGAUUUUGCAUGUGGCCGUGGCCACGAAAAAGACAGGUUAGAUCUUUUAAAGGAAAAUACAUAUGCAUAUAGAGCGCGUCAAGCAAGCAAGUGUGAUCGUUCAUUCUCGCUCGAAGAAAACUCUGUGCUGAAAAUUGAAGGGAUUAAAACGCAGUAAUCUAGCGUCAACUGCUCCAAUGACGAAGUGAUCAUUGCCAGUCACCAUAAAAAGAUUUGCUAAUAAACAAAAGCUCGCUACAAGCUAACGGAAUUAGGAAGUAGAUAAAGGAUGACUUUCCAUUGAGAUUUCACGUUUUCUUCCACACAACUUAGAUCACAUGGAAUACUUUAUCAUUCGCAAACCCGAAAAUUAAUUUGGAAAAUCGAUGCUAUUUUUCCAACUAAACAAUUUUCAUUCUAUAUCUACUUAAGGCAAACUUGUUAGUACCCAUAACUAACCAUUGCAUAACUGCCCUGAUCGGAGCGGUUCAAUUCAAAGU